AGCAGUUGGAAAGGCAGCCUUGUGAUUUUAAUGAACCAAAAAGCUGAAACCCCAUAAUCCCCCUCUUCUUACAUACUUUACCUUUUCAAUUCAAAUCUUCUGAUCUGAAUCAUGAAACGGCAAAGGCUGAAUAAUGAAGGGGAAGAAGAAGGUGGUCCUCCAUUGAUACCAGGUCUACCAGACCACAUAGCUCACCUAUGUCUCACACGAAUCCACCCUUCAAUUCUCUUCCCAAUCUGCCACUCAUGGCGCCGCCUCAUUUACUCCCCUUCCUUCCCUCCCUUCUCUUCUCUCUACGCCAUUCUCUCUCCUCAUCCACCGCCACCACCGCCACACCAUCCCACCAUCCAAUUCUUCAGCUUUGAUCCAAUCUCAUCCCACUGGCACCCGCUCCCUCCGCCACCCUCUCACCCUUCUCUCCACCACCUCCUCCUCCGCCACCCCUCCUUCCUCUCCCGCAACCUCUCUAUACAAUCCGUCUCCGCCGCCGGCUCUCUGGUUCUCCUCGCCGGCACCACCCACAACCUCUUCCCGGCCCUCCCUCGGCCCGUGAUCUUCAACCCGGUGACAAACUCAUGGGCCUUGGGGCCCAGCCUCACCACCCCACGCCGCUGGUGCGCAGCUGGCGUCUGCAGAGGCGCUGUCUACGUAGCCAGCGGCAUAGGGACCCACUUCUCCCUCAACGUGGCGCGGUCGAUGGAGAAGUGGGACACUCAAAAGAAUGGGUCUCAGUGGGAGAAGAAGACCGCUCUUAAAGACGGAAGGUUCAGCAGGGAAGCCAUUGAUGCUGUUGGUUGGAAGGGGAAGCUAUGCAUGGUGAACGUUAAAGGCGAUGCAGCGAAAGAAGGGGUUGUUUACGAUGUUGAAAAGGAUCUUUGGAAGGAGAUGCCGGAGGGGAUGCUUGCAGGGUGGAGGGGACCGGUGGCGGCCAUGGAUGAAGAAGUGAUGUUCGUUGUUGAUGAAGUGAAAGGUGUUGUGAGAAGGUACGUUGAGGAACAAGAUUCUUGGGAAGAGGUUUUGGAAGAUGAGAGGCUCAAAGGUGCCGAACAGGUUUCUGCCGAGGGAGGUAGGGUUUGUGUCGUUUGUGGCGGUGGUGGCGGCGGCGGUGGGAUUUUUGUGGUGGAUGUAGUGGCGAGGCCUCGGAGGAUAUGGGUGGUGGAGUUGCCGGAGGGUUUUGAGGCUAUAGCUGUUCAUGUGCUGCCUCGGAUGCCCAUAACUGAUUUUUCUGUUAAAGUUUGAGGUUUUUUUUUAAUUUUUAUUUUUUUCUUUUAAAUUGUGCAAGAGAUAAAAAAUGAAAAGUUAGAUUGAGAAUUUAUAAAUCUAACCUUUCCUGCUGUAAUUGGCUAAUUUUUUAUUUUAAUUGUAAAA